UCCUUCCAAAUUAGCGACUGGAGCUGCAGGGAGGAGGCACGUAAACAGGGAUGUAAUGUGACCUGAAGAAAGGGGCUUUACAGACACGGUCUUUCCUUUUGACGAGAGAAGAUAUGCUGAGUAAAGAGGCAGAGGGGCGGGCGGGAGCGUCACACCGACUCAAAGAGCCUGAGGAGAAGAGUCAGUCGGCGUAGGGAGGGGCAUAGAGAGGCUUGGCAAUUGUGUUUUGUCUUCAGCUGUGAAACAAGAGCAGGCAAGGAAUGACUGGGAGGCUGCACCGACGCUGCACCGACACUCAACUUCUUCUCUCCAUAUACUCCCUACUGUUGUUGUAUUUCAUUUCUUGUACAGAUAGUGUCCUCCGCCAACAACAUGGACAACUUCAAGACCGUUUUGCAUUUCUUCUUGGACCAGAAGGCCACCAUUGGCUACAGCUUCAUGGCUCUUCUGACGAUAGGCGGGGAGCGAGUCUUCUCCAUGGUUUCCUUUCAGUGUCCAUGCAACCACGACCAGAACUUUGCCUAUGGGCUGACUUUCCUGCUGGGUCCUGCUGCCGUGCUCUUGGUCUUCGGUCUGUUCUUCAGCACCAGGUUGUGGAGGGUGUACACCGGUUGCUGUCUCAAUCCCACGAAGCUUUGCCCGCGCGGGAACUGCUUCGGCUGCCUCAGGUCGUUCGCCAGCAUCUUCACCGGGGCUUGCGUGGCCCCUAUAAUGUGGCUCUCCGUGGCCCUGCUCAACGGGACCUUUUAUGAGUGUGCCGUCAGCGGUCUCGACGACAACCUGGUGGUGGGUGUGUUCUGUAAGAACAAGACCUUGACGUGUCGCGAGGAGCUGGCUCGAGUGCCCUGCGACCGCUCCAAACUGUCCAGUGAUGAGCGCAUGGAGCUGCUGCUGAUGCUCAGGGCCCAGUCACAGAUCCUGGGCUGGUGCAUCAUCAUCCUCUCGGCCGUUGUGGGCCUCCUGGGUACCUGCUGUAAAAACUGUCGCUCCCAGGUCAGCUACCUGCAGCUCACAUUCUGGAAACGCUACUCAGAGAGGGAGAAGCAGCUCUUUGACACCUUCGCUUUGGACCAGGCCACCAAGCUAGCGGAGAGAAACCUGCAGAGCUUCUUCGAGAACAAGCACCCUGAUCCGUUUCCCUUCCCCAAUCACAAGGCCUGGGAGGAGAUCUCCGCACACUACACCUUCUCCAGAAGCGAGCAGUAUUACAGCACUCUGCAGCGGUACGUGGAGAGGGCGGACAGGGACUUCACGCCAGAGAAGAGACCGGUCAUGGAUUUCGAGCAUGGAAUAGAGAUGAGCUAGAGAGGAGGAGGAUUUCUUCUUUUCUGUUUGGGCUCUUCCUAGGGUCCACGUGUAUGACCAUGAUGGUAAAUGACAUACAGAAAGUGAAGGAGCAGGCAAACAGCGGCUGUUAGUAUGAGCCAUGUUGAGGUUCGAUGGAGGAAAAGAAAAGUAUUUUACUCCCGAAUGGUACAACCUUGUUCAAACACAUGAAAGGGGCAUAACCACCACUUUAUAACUCUGUGUGAAUGUGUCGUCGUUUAGCUUCUAUUACUUAUGCAGUGCUUGAACUUUUGUCCUACUUUGGAUUUGCAAAGUAACUUACUAACAAAGAUAAGGUCAGGGGCGUCGCUGCAACCAGGAAAACACUGAGGUCAUGUCUUUGCUAUUAUUCCUGACAAGUGGCCGGUUAUAUAGUAACCCCUCAGAUUGUAGCCAAUUUAAAACCACAGUGGCCAGUCUGGUACCAGCUGUUGUAAAGUCAGCGCCAUUAAAAACACACAGGUAGUCUAGGGCUUGAUUAAGGGAUAAUUGCUCAUGUUGUUGUUUCGGCGACUCCCAUUUUUAGUCUAGGCAUGUUGUAUAUGUAUUUAUCACUCACUUUUUUUGGGAACUGGAGACUGCUCCUGAUCCGAAAGUUUAAAAAUAUGGGUGUGGCUCCGAGCAUGUUCAAAGCCAACAUUUAAAGCUUUUGGCUAAGACAACUAACAUUUUAACCUCUUAAUGGGUUCAGGGGUCCACAGCUUCAAGAGCGUCCACUCUACAAUUCCAAAAAAUCCUAUAACAUUUUUAAACUGAAUAUUUUAACACAUGGUCCUUUGUUCCAAAGACAAAGGAGAGCAAGAAAACUCAGACUUCCAUGGUCCUUCAUCUUAUCACACCUUUGGAGGAAAAUUUGUUCCAAACUCCAGCUACCAUUGGUCAUCGGGGGUCACCAGCUCAGCUCUCCCUUUAGGAGAAAAACUCUGCUCUCUAAGUUUCUGACUUAAUUCAUGCCUGCCUGAAGCAGACUGCUAAACCAACCAAAGGCAGUGAUGCGAGAGCCUGCCCAAGGACCAACCAAGGCUGUAAAGAAUAGUUUUACAUCAGUGGCUACGACACAAAGUCCUAUUGCCAGCUGAUGGAGCAACAGGAGCCACCAGGUAGAGUUAGUGUCAAGGAUCUUACUCUGUGAGGAGACCAAGGACACUGACACCACACGGCACGACUGCAGCUAACUGGACGAACAGACCAGCAAACCAAAAGGGCCCAUCUUCUUUUUUCCAUGAACUUGGUAAAGUAACCUGGGCAUAUAACAUAGCAUAGCUAUGAACAGCUGAACAUUGUAAUGUUUAUCUCUGGUAGUGUGUAUUGUAUUGAUUUGAGUCAACGUGUUCACUAAGCAUUAUUGUUCUGUCUGUAACUAAGCCACCUGUUAACCACGGCACCUUUGUCCUACACCAAGUGGCCAAGAAACACGGCACGUGGCCGAGCUGACGCCUUUGAAUCCGCCAUUGUGUUGUAGUUUCUUUGUUUACCACCAUCUUGUUUGUAGAACUCCUCAGACCUUUGACCUCACCAUUAAAAAUGGGCCAUCUAGUCUGUGCAUAUGCACAGACAGACAGACAACGACUCACACACUCAGGCCUGUAUAUAUAUAUAUAUAUAUUUACAUUUGUUCGAUUAGAUAUUGUUGUUUUUCAACUUGUCUGUGAAAUAAAUGCUUCUAAUAUGAA